UGAAAACAUCAUUGCCACGUCCGCUGUUGUCAUUUAAUAGUUUAACAUGCUGCUGGGGUUAACUGUGUAUAAACACUUCCAAGCUGUUCACUGAUACAUUCUAAUUAUUUAUAAUUAUUUAUGUUCGACAAUAGGGAUAAAAAAAUCGAGGAUAUCUGUUGCUUUUUGCGAGUCAUUGUCCUUUUAUUUCACGAAGUUGCAUCUGGCUUCACGCGCGUGCAACUUAGAUGUAAACAUGGACAGGCCGGAUGCCACAUUUACUCUUGCUUAUAUGGUAUUUGCUUUGUGCUUUGUUUUUACGCCGAAUGAGUUUCGAUCUGCUGGUUUGACGGUUCAGCACAUGUUCUCAGAGUGGCUGGGCAGUGAAGACAUCACCUUCAUUCAGCACCACAUCCGACGAACAACACUCACGGUGCUCUUCCACUGCUUCCUGCCGCUCGGAUACUACAUAGGAAUGUGUUUUGCAGUUCAAGAACAGAAUCUCAUGUACAUCCAUCAUGCAAGUCAGGGAUGGCAAAUAUACUUUGGACUGUCACUGGCCAUCCAGCUUUUGAGUUGUGCACUGGCCUUCUAUUGGUCCAGACGCGGAUGGGCGAAUCACCCGAUAUGUCGAGCGCUCAGCACACACGCUUUGCCGCGCUCCAGCUGGAGGGCCGUGGCAUCGUCCAUCAACACAGAGUUUCGCCGCAUCGAUAAGUUUGCUUCCGGUUCCACGAGCGCGAGGGUGAUCGUCACGGACACCUGGGUGAUGAAGGUCACAACAUACUCCCUGCAUGUUGCCCUGCAUCAGGACUGUCACCUGACCGUCACAGACUCCAAACAUCACAGCCUGUCUCCAGAGUUAAACACGCCGGUGCAAAUCGUCACCAUCACUGUUGCCAGUAUCAAUCCCAGAGUCAAGCCUUUCGACAUAAGGCUGAAGUCCACAGAGUAUGUUGAGCUGCAGGAGAAACUGCACGCACCCAUCAGAAACGCCACCAAUGUUGUCAUCCAUCUGACCAUGAGUGAGCUGUUUUUGGAGACCUUUAAGUCAUACGUGGGGCUGAAUGAAGUGUACAGGUGUCCGAGUGGCCAGGAACUUGAACCAUGUAUUGGAUGUAUGCAAGUCAAUGCCAACGUGAAGCUUGUGCGACUGUGCCAGGGAGACGGCGAGGGCGAGUGCCAGCAGUGCUACUGCCGCCCCAUGUGGUGCCUCACCUGUAUGGGCAAGUGGUUCGCCAGUCGACAGGACCAGCAGCAGCCCGAGACCUGGCUGAGCAGCAGAGUGCCCUGUCCCACCUGCAGGGCCAAGUUCUGCAUCCUCGACGUGUGUCCCAUUCACUGAGGAGUGAAGUGCCUUUACUGAACCUGCUAUUUCUGGGCACUUUUAUGUGCUUUUUCCAAUCCUUUGUGCCUCCAAAACUACGAACAAAUCUAAUGACAGUGAAUCACGCAAACCAUCACAUCAAAGCAAGAAGAAGCAAUAUAUUUGAUUUUUUUUUUUAAACAUUUUAUUUACAAUUAGACAGAUUCACCCUCCAUUUCUCAUUGCAAUAGUGCCAAAUUCUCACUUUUAUUACUGUAUGGGCAACUAAAUAUAUUAUUUUUUAUGUAUGUAUAUACCAUCAUUGUAAUACUUGUUGCAAUGAUUUUACAGUAUAUUUAUUUCUCUGGAGGUAAUGUGCCUAAGGUGUUGAAAAUGUUGUCACAGUUGCAGCACUCAACACUACGGAUGGGUGCCAGGACCUUCAAGCUUAAGUGUAAUGUUACCAAGAUAACGUUUUAGACACAGACAUUAAUGGGAUUUUGUUAAAAUUGCAAAAAUGUGUUGAUAUUGUGCAUUUUGAAAGCAUCAGUAAGAAUGUUGCACCACAGUGUGUUUAUAAAUCAGUGGAGUUACAUUAUAGCUGUAUAAUUUCAAGUUUGUUAAAAAAAUGUGUGAAGAACUUAAUGUUUAAUUAUAAUUAUAAAUAGCUAGCCGUUGGAUUCGAGAAAUAAAUGAAUAGAAUUGACGUAUAGUGUACAAAAUAGUCACAUAAUUUUAUCACAUGCACUUAUGUCAAACUUUGAUAAAUGGAGAAACUUCAUGUAGCUUCAUUGUAAUAAAGUCGGAUGUUUUGGACACAUGAACUUUUUGUUUUCUCUGUCCAUCCUCUGGUGCUCUUAGCAUGGCGGACAAUUUUUUCAAACUAAAUUAUGUCUAUCAUAUCUUAUUGUGAUCCAUUUAUUCACUUUGUGAGCAUGAACUUGAAAAUGAAACUUACAUCAAACUGUCAUAAAUCUUGAAUGUUUGGCAGA